CAUCCAUGCAACCCAACUGGAAUAUUCCCGUCGACAUCUGUUAGCUAGCAACCGAAGCGGAGAAGAAACACGGUCGUUUAAUGAGACGAUUUUUCCCAUCAUCCACCAGCACCCACUGAUCACUACUGCCUUGGAGGUUUUUGCAGCACUCGACACUUAAAAACGCAGCUCUCGACUAAAACAGCUAUGCAGCUUGAAAUACAAGUAGCGCUGAACUUCAUCAUUUCCUAUCUAUACAACAAACUCCCACGGAGGCGAGUCAACAUUUUCGGCGAGGAGCUGGAGAGGCAGUUAAAGAAGAAAUACGAAGGACAUUGGUACCCCGAUAAGCCAUAUAAAGGAUCCGGGUUUAGGUGUAUCCACGUGGGCGAAAAAGUAGAUCCGGUCGUUGAAGAAGCAGCCAAAGAAAGCGGACUGGACAUCGAAGAUGUCCGCAAUAACUUGCCUCAGGACCUCAGCGUUUGGAUCGACCCUUUCGAGGUGUCCUAUCAGAUUGGAGAAAAGGGAGCCGUUAAGGUGCUAUACAUUGACGAUAAUAGCGAAAACGGCUCCGAGUUGGAUAAAGAAAUCAGAAACAGUUUUAACCCCGAGGCUCAGGUGUUCAUGCCAAUCAGCGAGCCGGUGGGCGUGUCCUCCGAGUCUAGUUCUCCGUCGCCGCCGCCAUUCGGUCAGUCGGCGUCGGUCAGUCCGUCCUUCAUGCCGCAACGCUCCGCUCAGCCUUUAACCUUCACCACCGCCUCAUUUGCCGCCACCAAAUUCGGCUCCACUAAAAUGAAGAACAGCGGCCGAAACGGCGGGAAAGUUGCACGCACAUCGCCCACCAAUUUGGGCCUGAAUGUCAACAGCCUCCUCAAGCAGAAAGCCAUUUCCAGCUCCAUGCAUUCGCUCUACGGUUUCGGUCUUGGGAGUCCGCAGCCACAGAAACCCUCCGCUUUGUCUCCCAACGCCAAGGAGUUUGUGUUCCCCAAUCUGCAGGGCUCCAGCGCAGCAUUCGCUAGCGAGAACGCGCUCAGCCCGUUGCCGUACGGCAAUGCCUUCGACGUGUUCACGGCGUACGGGAACGUCAAUGACAAGUCGCUCAUAGAGGGCUUAAACUUCAGUCUGGGCAACAUGCAGUAUUCAAACCAGCAGUUCCAGCCGGUCAUGGCUAACUGAGGAGCGAUUGUUGGCGUAAAAAGGAAAACGAAAGGCAAAGACGCACUUGCGAUGUGGAAACCAAGACCCCAGUCGUCACCGAUAAGCGCAUGUGCCCAAGGGUGUUAUUUAAUUUGAUUUAUUUUCUUUCUUCCUUCAAUCUUGACCCCCUUGAGUUUGUACUAAAAGCUUGUGUUACACACACACACACACACACUUACACAUAUACACAUGCACAUCCAAGCCUGGUCAACACACGUCAAUGUUGUCUUUUCCUUUUUUGCCAAUAAUGCAAAAAAAAACAACAAAAAAACGAUUUUUUACUACCUUUUUGGAAGAAAAACACUCUAAAAUGUUGGGAAAAAACACAGAAGUUCAAGUUCUGGCCUCUUACAGUAUUUUAAAGUGGGUAAGACUUGGCUGAUUUUUAAGAAAUUGGCACUACAUAUGAAAUACCUGGGGUUACGUGGUCUCUUUUUUCUAAUUGUAUAAUUUAAUUGAGUACAGAGUUUGUAAAAUAUCAGAGUAUAUAUAUUGUUUCUACAACAUGGUAUUGCAUUUAUAUCUUUUUACUACUCCAGUGAUCUGUGAUGGCUGCAGAAGCUUUAUGUUAUUAUAAUAUAUUUUGUUUGUUCGUUUCCUUUUUUUAAGAAAGAAAUUCAUCUUUAAGAAACCUAGCUCAAACUCUAAAGAUUGUGUACAGGAUAUUCCUUCGCGUCGGGAGUUCAGUGGCGGAAUAUUUGCUUUUUUGAAACAAAAAGAGUUGUAUUUUCUGUUAAGAGUUCAAACAGAUUUUUGCUAUAUUACGGACAAUGUAAUCGUAUAUAUUAAUUUUGUACCUACAUUGUGCAAUACUUGAUAAACAAAUUAUGGUAUAACAAAGUAUUUUGAGUCAGUGUCUUACAUGUCAGGAGGGACUGAAAUAGUUUAUAUUAAGUUUGUAUUAAAAUGCUUGAAAAUAUAUGCUUGUCUUUUAUUUUUUAUUUUUACUUUUUAUUUGACAUUUGCACCCUGGCCUUUUUCAAUAAAAGAAAAUUUAGGCAAGAAUAAA